GCCUCCGCUUCCUCCCCGCCGGGGCCGGGGCCGGGGCCGGGGCCGGACCGAGCCGUGGAGCCCCGCCCGCCGGCUGUCCCCGGCCGCCCCCGCCGUCCGCACUAUGUCCGACGGUCCUGGCGUCCCCGAGGACGUGUGCAGCCUCCUGGCAGAUGUUGAAACAUUUGUUUUCCAAACACUAAAAGGAGAAAAUCUAUCCAAGAAAGCAAAAGAAAGAAGGGAAGUUCUUCUUAAGAAGAUAAAGGAUGUUAAGGCAAGUUUCCCGCACGAAUUCGCGGAGAAAGGGCUGGAAGAUGAGGAAGAGUCUGAGAACUCUCUUUCUUCRCCUCCCGAUAGCGUCUCAAUAGCAUCCGACCGAUAUGAUAAAGAGGAUGAAGCACCUUCUGAUGGGAAUCAGUUUUCUCCUGUUGCAGCUCAGGAUCUCCAGUUUGUUCUGAAGUCUGGAUACCUGGAAAAACGUAGAAAAGACCACAGUUUUCUUGGCUUUGAAUGGCAGAAGCGUUGGUGUGCUAUCAGCAAGACGGUCUUCUAUUACUAUGGAAGUGACAAAGACAAACAACAGAAAGGUGAAUUUGCCUUAGAGGGCUACACCAUCAGAAUGAAUAAUAACCUUCGGAAGGAUGCAAAGAAAGAUUGCUGUUUUGAAAUCUCUGCUCCAGAUAAGCGCAUUUAUCAGUUUGCAGCUGCCACUCCCAAAGAAGCAGAGGAAUGGGUACAGCAAGUCAAAUUYGUAAUUCAAGAUACAGGAUCUAAUAUUAUUCCUGAGGAGGAAGAGGAAUAUGAUGAUGUUGGACAAGUGAACAGUGAACCGACAGAUGAUAGCAUUUAUGAAGAAGUUAAAGAAGAACGUCUUUSUUCAAAUUCUGAAGUGCCAAGCGAAGAGAGCCAGGAGCAAGUUACCACUGUUUCAGAUGGUGAAAAUACCGAUUAUGCCAAUUACUAUCAAGGUUUGUGGGACUGCACAGGAGAUGAACCUGAUGAGUUAACAUUUAAACGUGGUGACGUUAUCUACAUUAUCAGCAAGGAGUACAAUAGAUUUGGCUGGUGGGUAGGAGAAAUGAAGGGAACCAUUGGCUUGGUGCCUAAAGCCUACAUAAUGGAGAUGUAUGAUAUUUGAGAGGCCUGGGAGAAAUCUGCACUUGAAAUGAAGAGUGGUUUGCAGCUGCCUCUCUGAAAGAAGAUUCUGAAGAACAUGUUUUGUGGUUUCAGCGAAUGUAGUCAGAUUGUUGCCUUGUGUACAUUAAACAUUAUAAACUGUAAUUGAUCAUAACUUUACAGAAAUGUUCUUCUUAGCCACUUUUUAUAGAAUUGUAAUGCUAGGAAAUUAAAUAGAUGGUAAUUAACAUAUGGGGCACAAAGCCAUAUAGUGCCUGUUGCUGUUUCCUUUCACAUGUUAGCUGUACUCUGUAUAGUUGUAGGUUUGUGUUCUCUCAGGGAAUUUUGCUGUCUUUUCCUAUUCUGCAGAUUCAGAAAAAUUGAGCUGAGAUUUGAGGGUAAACUCAUAUAUGUAUUAACCUUUUAAUACCUACUGUACAUCUUAUGCAGUUUCAUCAGAAAUUUGCRGGAAUCUGAUGUAUGAUAUUACAAUUCUUCAGGGUAUUCUGUUAAGUUAUGCUUUAGCCAAUUAUCUUUCUCAUAUAUUUAGUUUUGUAUUGUUAAUUACUAUUCUUUUUUUGGCUCACAAUGAAGACUUGAUUCUUUUGCUGUAAUAAUAAAUUGUUCUGUGUGGUAAUACUGCCCUAAUGCCAGAAAUUCUGACUGGGACAUAGUAGUUCUAUGAAAAUUUGUGCAAAUGUAUUAAACUUCACAAUUUUUGCUAAGUCAACACAAGCUAAAUUGCAGGGAAAAAUAYUUUGUCUGUGGUAGUGUGAAAUAUUUUAUCUGUAUCUUACAUAUAUUUUUACAGAGUCAAAUCUGGAAAGCUUGUUGGUAUGUGGAAUUCUGAUACAAGUUGUGCAAUAGAGAUCUUCACCCUAUAUGGAUUAGAAACAGCUACCUGCAUUCUUGUGUCAAAGCCAGAACUUUGUGGCCAGAAACAUUGGUUGAAACAUUAAAAAAACGCACCAAAAUACUACCACUUGUGGACAAGUGCUUGGGCAAGUCAGAGUUAAUAGUUUGCAUACUCUUGGAGAUGUGUUUUACCAUAAGCAUGCAAGAUAACUUUUUUUGCAGACAGUUGAUUUGUGAGCCCCUUAAUCCACCAGUGAGGCAGGUCAGUGUGUGAGCUGCUGAGCCUGUGCAGGUCCCUGUGUAGUUCCUUGUGUUAUUUAUACUUCAGGCAGACUCCAGGAACAUUGUGGGUUAAAGGAAAUGUUAGUCUGAACUCGGAAUUCAGAUCCUUUCAGUAAACUAAGAUGUUGUGCUCUGUGUUAGCUAAUGUAUGGUACUUGCUGGUACACUGAAUUCUAAUAGGUGUCAAACAGGGGACGGAGUUUUGUUGUAAUUUUUUUUUUAAGAGAUAGUCAUUGGAAUUGAUUCUGUGUGUUAUCAGCGAAGCAUUAAAAUGAUAGAUUAUAGUCUUCAGAUCUUUUACUACUUUAAUUUAUCAAGCGCACUGGUGGAUUGUGUACAGAAUGUGAAGCGUUAACAGCGGCGCUGCAAACGCUCCUUCUCCCUUGUUAAUAUGGCAGCGCCAUAAAUCUGCCCACCGAAACGUUUUUUUUUUUUUUAUUAAUUACAGAAUUCCACAUCCCAGCACCACAGCAGCACCUACUUUUUAGGCCAUGCCCGUGAGCAGGUGCCGUGGCCGGGGCUGGCUGUGUGCCCGC